AUGGGGAAUAGCUGUUCUUCCGUUUCUCAUCGAAAGCAAAAUGAAGCGCUAGUUUUUGGAGUUCAGUGUUUGGAUUUGAGUCGUCACAUUGACUACACAGAGUAUAUUUAUCACAUUGCAAACAGUGGCAAUGAUAAACCAAUAGAUUUCUAUGAUGAGGAUGAACAACAACCAAUUCUCGAAAAGUUUCCUCUUUUUGUGAUUGACUACACGAAUUUGAAAGAACUAAAUCUUUCGUUUCAGUUUCUGGUGGAGAUUCCUGAUGACAUUGGAUGUCUUCAGAAUCUGCGUACUCUGCGCUGCUCUGAUAAUAAAAACGCUCGAUCUUCACAACAACUGUCUAUCGUUAUUAUUUUCAACUAUUCGUUUAGAUAUAGAGUAUUUCCUGAAUCGAUUUCCAAGUUAAGUCGUCUUCAAUACUUGGAUAUUAGUGGGAAUUUGUUGAUGACCAUUCCAAAGAGUAUUACAAACCUCCUGGGUUUACAAUAUCUCAACAUCGCAGACAACCGCUUGGCUCUUUUCCCCUAUUUUCUUGGCAACCUUCCCUCUCUCUCCAUCCUUGUCUGCCAGCGAAAUCCAUUCCGCGAUGUGACGCAAGACAUGUGCGGUCUCUCUGCAGAAGCUCUUCUGUCCACCAUUCGUUUGUACUCGGGAAAUCAUCAAGACAGCGAUGAAGAUCAAGCCGUCUCUCCAAUCGCACUGACUUACAAUGACACAUUUGUAAAGGGCAGCACGGUGAGUAAUUACCAGCCCGUUAAACCUCCAAAGCAAUUGAGCGAACCGCAAUUAUUCGAUAUCCACCCCAUCAAGCAUUGUUUUUUUUUAACAUCCACAACCCAAUAUCAAAAUAUUCACGCGCGUAAACGCAUCGCAGGACAGCGCAGCGCAUGCUGA